GACCAUCUCCAGACCACUCGAAGGCUUCAUUCUACUUGGCCAUCUUGAGCAAAGCAAGCCUUCGGACAAUGCAUACUCUGGUCGGUCCCCAUGCAUUUCUUCCCGCGCUCCCUCCCUAAAUUUGCACUGACCUUCAGCACCAAGAAGCCCACCUUCGCGUUCGCGUGUCUCCUUGGAGCAGCUUCUGCAGUCGCCAUAGCAGCACCUGGCCUCGAAAGACGAUCUGGCAAGCCAACUGGAGGACCAGCGAAGGCGAAUGUCAUCAUCUAUGCCGGGCCAGCCACCUGUGCUGACCCCAACACACCUCCACCCACUGAUGGCAGUGCUGGUAUCGCCAAAACUUACUUGAGCGUGACUGAAGACAUAUGUACCAUCAUCAACCCAGUUCUUGGUCUCACCGGAGCUGUCACUGCAGUUCUGACUCAGGGUCCAAAGACUGGCACUGCAGGUUGCUAUAUCGAGAUGUUUAAGGAGUCUGGAUGCGGAUUGACGCUUAGCAAUCAAUUCCAUGGGUGGCCGUUUGAUGGUAUUGGAGUCGGGAAUCACAUGGGCUGUGCAAAUGCUGUUGGCGGAUUUAGCUAUGGAGCGGUGACUCUGCUCUGUGUUUAGGAUGUGUGAAUCCAAGUACGUCAAUGUGUCAGAAAUCUUCACAACUUUUGACAAGGAC